UCGAAAGCAUCUCUAUUGUCGCCUUAGGCUAAGUGGAAAAGGGAGAGUUUAGUUAACGUUGCAAUUUCUUUUUUGUCUUUUAAUAUUACGUUCGAGGAAAUUAUUUCCUCUCAAAAUGUUAAUUAGGUGAUAUAUAAUGACGUCAUUAAAGACUAUAUUGAAAAACUUCCUCAAUCAUGUCGAUAAAUUGGAAUCUCAGAAAAAAUUAGGACAAGAUCCAUUUGAAGAGGAAUUUCAGAAAUUGAAGGAUUUGACAGAACAAUUAAAGCAUGAUCCCAAUUACUCCUGUAGCCAAGGUGAAUGUGAUGUUAAUCGACGAAAGAAUCGAUAUAAGGAUAUUCUUCCUUAUAAUUAUACCCGUGUUGUCUUAUCUGAAUAUCCUGGAGUUCCUGGAUCUGAUUAUAUUAAUGCCAAUUACAUUAAAGGUGGUAGUGGUUCUUUGGCCUAUAUUGCAUCACAGGGACCACUUCCUAAUACCAUGGUUGAUUUUUGGCGGAUGAUAUGGGAGUGUGAAGUACAAGUAGUAGUAAUGGCUUGUAAAGAACAAGAGUCUGGUAAAUAUAAAUGUGAAUGCUAUUGGCCUGAUGAAGGAGAACAAAGACAAUAUGGGAACAUUACUGUUGAAUUGGUAAAAUGGCGCCAAGUUUGUCCUGAUUUUUUAGUUAGAACAUUAAAAGCUUGUUGGGAAGAUGAAACUAGAACAAUUUGUCAGUUCCAUUAUGCAACGUGGCCUGAUCAUGGAGUACCAACAUCCGUCCAGCCAAUUUUGGAAUUAGUUCGUCUUGUUAGGGAUUGCCAAGCGUCUGAAGCUUUGCCAGUUUUAGUUCAUUGCAGUGCUGGCUGUGGAAGAACAGGAACAAUAUGUGCUAUUGAUUAUGUUUGGGGAUUAAUGCGAAUGGGUAAAUUGACCAAAUCCUUUAGCCUAUACGAAAUUGCUGCAGAAAUGCGACGACAACGGGUAGCUAUGGUGCAGACAAAAGAACAAUAUUAUUUAGUACAUAGAGCUGUGACAGCUAUGUUUGAACAACAACUACGUGUAAUUGAUAGUCAUACUUAUGAAAAUUUAGAUGAAGAUGGUGAACCUCUUGUAUGGAAAGAACUUAGAGAUAAAAGUGAUACUAUAUAUGAAGAUGUAUAUGAAUCAACUUCAACAGAUGACAAAGAAGCUGAGAAAAGAAACCACCAAGAAUUUGAACAGGAUAAAAAUGAAUUUGAAAAUGGUCAGCAAAAAAGUCCAGCCAAGUAUUUUUCUCAAGAAUUAAAGAAUGAAGAAAAAGAAAAAUCUCAAAAAAACCUUGCUGUUGCCGGGAAUUCACAAAGAUUUUGGAAUCAACCAGAAAACAGUAUGAAUACUCAACAAAAUUUGAUAGAAGAUAGAUGUCAAGAUUCUGAGGAUGAUUCAGGCCAGUUAUCAAGAAGAAAUUCACAAAUUUUGCUUAAACUAAAAAGAGAAGAAAGUGUUAAAAGAUUAAUUUCAGGAUGGAAUAAAGUAACUGAACAUUCAGAUACUAAAAGUGUAUCUGUUAAACAAUCAGAACUUAAAUCAAAAACUAUUACAGUACAGAAUAAUAAUAUAAUUUUGCACAAUAAAGAUAAUUCAGUUGGUUUGAAUCAAAAUUCAAAGCACACUAAUGAAGUUAAAGAUUGUCUUCAACAAGAAUCUUCACAAAAAUCAAUGGCAAAAGAAAAAAGUGCAUCAGUCAGUGCUCCUCCUUUACAAGAAACAAGUAAUGGAACAGUUAAUCUAAAUUCUGAGGAAAAUUUUUCUACAAUUUUGGAUGUUGAUUCUUAUGAAGGAAAUUCUUACAGAAAGGCAGCUGGUGAAGAAAGACAUCUGCAAGGAAAACUUAUUGGCAAAGCUACAGUUAUUAGACGUCCUAGUAUAGCAAAAUUAAAAGCCUUAUUUGAAAAAUCACUUAAUGUUGAAUCUGAUUCUAAUGUUGGAUUACAAACGCCUCAGAGACGGCAUCCUCUUUUUAGAAGUCACAGUCAUCACCUCAGUAGAGAAUUUCGACCACAGCAAGAGAGAGAAACAGUUCUUAGGAUGGUUGCUAGGAAACUAUUACGUUCUCCAUUAAGAGAAUUGCAGCACAGCAGACAAAAUGAUUCAAAAAAUUCAUAUUCAGAAACACCAAUGUCUGCAGCUGCAGAAAUUGAAUGCUUGACUUUGUUAUGUUCAGAAGAAAAAAGUGCAUCUCAGAUACAAGAAUUAAGUAAAGCAGUUAAAACUUUGAGUUUUGAAUCUUCUGAAGAUAAAUUAAUUUUGGAAGAGCUUUGUAAAAAACACUCUCUUCGAAAUGUGUCUGAAAAUUCAUUUCAAAAUGAAAUUACUAAUAAGCAAACAGAUUCUGGUCAUACAGAAGAAUGCUUGCAAGUUUUAAAUGAUAAAACUGAAUCAGUUCCAAAAAGCAAAGAAACUUCUAAAGAAAUAGAGAAAUAUUCUACAUCUCACAAAAAAUUAUCACGUUUAAAUGAAAAAGGAAAUAAUCUAAUUGAGAAUUCAUUUACUUCUAAUUAUAUGACCAAAUCAUCUGUAACAAAAACUAAUGCAGUUUAUACACCAAAUGUUCCAGAACUACCAGUUAAGAAAAAACCAUUACAGCAAUUUGGAUCACCAAAUCACAGAGGAGCAAAUUGGAUCAAUAAUGAAAAAGAUGAUAAUUUUGAAAGAACUUGCACAACUCACAAGAAUGAAUCAGUUUUAAAGGACAAAGGUGAGCUUUCACUUGAUGGUUCAGGUGAUUAUGUGGUGCUUCGAACUAGAGAUCCCACAAUUGAUGUAGCUUUUUCUCGUAAACGAUCACAAGAAGAGGGUAUCUAUGGAACUAUCAAACAUCAGUCUGUAAAUAGGGAUCCCAAAACUGAAGAAUACAUUCCAUGCUAUGCCAAACCUGUUACUGUUCCAAUAUCUAAUAUGGUACAGUCAGACAAUGUUUCAGCAGUGAGAUCAAAUGAUAUGCAAAAACAAUAUCAGGUAAAAGAUUUACAGAAUAAAUACUCAAAUUCAACACAUUGUACAGAUAUAGAAAAAAAAUGUGCAGAUUUCUAUGAUGAGAACAAUUUUGGUAAGAUAAACAAUAAAGAAUGUGUAGAACAAAGAAACAACAUUUUUACAUAUGACAAAAGUAAUCAGAUAAAUAAGUUGUCUUCAUCUAAAAUUGCACAUUCUGUAAAAGCUACAGAUAUAAUUCACAAUCCAAAUAAUGUUCAGUACACAAACAUUAAUGUUACAACUAAGAAAAAUAUAGCUCAGAUUGAAAAUAUUUUGAAUCAUCAUCCAAGAGGAGCCAUUUUAGAUUUAACAUCAAGAAAAUCAUAUAUUUUAAGUGAUUCUCAUGCUGUUGGAGAAAAUAAUGAAAAUACAUCGUCUAAUGCUGUAUGUGCUUUAAAAAAUUCACCUGAGAAAGCUUGUCUUCCAGUAAAUUCUAAAUUAAAAUAUGAACAACUGUGGUCACCUCAAAAUAAUACUUCAGAAAUGAUAAAUAAAUCUGAUGUUGAAAAUAAGCAAGAAGCAAAAUCUUAUAAUAAUAAUUCAUUAAAUGAAACGCAUUUAGCACAUGAAUGGAAUAAGCAGAUGUAUGGAGUUCAGCAUUACAGAUUAAAUCAAGAAUCUGGAAACUCUAGAAAUUUACUUUUGCAUAGUCCAACACCAAAAUCGAAGCGUUUACAUCUUCCACGAACAUCAAACAAACCAAAGAAUCAGCAUUAUAAUGUAUAUGAAAGUCCAUCUCUUAUAAAUAAUAAGGGUGAAAAAGAUAUUUAUCAUUGUAAACAAAUUUCCACAGAAAUGGGUGAUUUAAAACUUGAACGACAUUUAAAUCAUAAUAAUGCUGCAACUUAUAAUGUAAUGUCUGAAAAUUCUCAAAAAGAAGAAAAAAUUGAAUCAGUUGAAACUACUACACCAAAAGAAUGCUUUAAUAAGCAAUGCCAAAACAAAGAGUAUAGAAUAGCUUCAGAAAACAGUAGGGGGAUUUAUCAGUCUCCUGGAGGAAAUUUAGAAAAAUCUGCACAGAAUCAAACAUUUGAUUCUUCUAAUCACAAUAAUUCAUUCCUUAAUAAAACAAAUAAUUCAAAUUCUAAUAAUGUUCAUUCUCCUAAACAUCAUAGUUAUGAAAGUAUUUAUGGUCAUUUAGAACAAUUUGUAAAAAGAAAGCAACAGAAAUUAGAUUCUGAUUAUGAAUAUGUUUAUCCAGCAAACAAUUCUAAAUCAAGAGACCCAAAAUAUGAAGAUGUAAUUAUUAAUACUACAGAUGAAACUUCUGUCAAAAAACCCUUCUCUUCACCAUCUCAUACAAAUAAUAAAUGGAUGAAUGUUUGUGAAAAUAUACCAGGAAGUGAAAAUUGGAAGUUAAAAAAAACUCAUUCACCCCAGAAUGAUAAAAUUCAGAAUUAUGCUAUGGGACCUCCCAAACCACCCAGAACAUUUAGUCAGAUGCUUCCUGUACAGAAAGAGAAUUUUCAACUAUCGACAAAUGUUAAACAGCCAAUUGCUUCCAAUGAUGGUGGUCGUUUACUUGUACCUGUUGCAUCACCAAAGUCUGUUUCAAAACAAUAUUAUAGUCAAAUGCAAAAUAACAGAAAUGAACUCAAAUCUUCUACCUGCUUUCAUAAAGAUUCACAGAACAUUGGUGUUCCUAAUAAAUCACAAUCUUUAUCAUCAUGGCUUCAAGAUUCAACAUAUGUUACCAAUGAUGGAACAGCUGUUAAUAAAAAUUCUUGUGCAAUAUAUAGUUUGCCUUCACCUUCACAUGAAAUUCAAGUUAAUUCAAAUUUGCAUAAUAGAAAUCAACCAAAUUCACCCUACCAUCAAAAGUUAAAAAAUGUACCAAUAUAUGCAACAGUAAGAGAACAUUUUCCAGUAAGAUAUCAACCAGAAAAAUCUCAAAUUUUAAAAAAUGCAAACACUUAUGAAAAUAUUUAUGAUGCUCAGAAAAUUUAUUAUGGAAUCAAUCCUGCUCAAGCUGAAAAUUACAUGGGACGAUCUAGUCAACAAAUAGCUAUGCAUGGAUUGAGGCAUUCUCAGUCUGAUGCAAGUGUAUAUGUUGCUCUUCGAUCAAUGAGACCAAUGAACAAUGAUUCUGUAGACAUGAGACCUCAACUUCCAUCUUACAAUGAAGCUGUAAGACCCAGAAGGGUUGGUGAACUCAAUAAUGUAAACAGAAGUAAAUUAGAUAUUUCAUAUGGAAUGGAACAAAGGAGAUGUCGUGAUGAUAUGGACAUCAGACCAUCAGCAGUUUCCAGGUUGAAGCAGGAAGCACAUGCUCGUAGGAGUAUGGUUGAGUGGGAUCUAGGAAUGACUGUAGCUCCUGAUUCUCAGGAUACUGCAGAUAUGGCAGAAUAUUCUCAAGUUAUUAGAAAGCCAGGAGUUAAAAAAAUGAAUACAAGAACAGAAAAGAUGCAAAAAGAUGACUUACCUCCAACAGUCCCACAAAAAACAAGAGGAGCAUAUGAAAUGCCAGAUGCAAAUCAAGCUAAAGAAGGCCGUGAAAAAAGCAACAGAGAUGGAAAUGGACACAGUGGUUUUGGUGGAACAAUAUCUAAAGCUUUUGGAAAAUUUACACUUUUUACAAAGUUUGGAUCUAAAAAUGAACAAAAUAAUCAACCUCAAGUUUCAGGAGUCGUAAAUAAAGAUGGGCAAGGAAAGAAAACUAAUGAAAAUACCAAGGUGUUUAGUUUUCCACAUCGUCUGCCUCGGAAACCCCGUGGUUCUAAACAUCCUCCAAAACAGUGGACUCAAGUAUGAUCCAAAACUGAACAAGAAAUCUAAUUUGCUUCAAAAUACAGUAUUGACUAACAUUUUUUGACAGGCACAAUUUUUGAACUACAUAGAAACAUUUAUAUAAGAAAUUUUACAUUUUGAAUUUAUAACAUGCAAUUUCAUAUUUUGUAAAUUUGUAUCAAAGUUAAUUACUUGUUUGUUAAACAUUCCUUGUUCUAAUUAGAUUUAGGACUUCUCACAUAUCUCUCAUAUAAUUUCGUCAUAAUUUAAUUUAAAAUAUUUAUUGUAAUAAUUUUGAGAUUUUAAAUCUUAAAUAUUUUAAAAUUUAUAUGAAAUGAAAACAGAAAAUGGGAAUUAAUUGCCAAAAGUGACAGAAAGGGCUUCCACAUAUUGAAAUUAGAAUUCAAAUUUCAUGAUUUAGAUCUUUUUCUAAUUAAAUAUUAUUUGAUACUUCUUAAUGACAUAUCUUCUUUGAUUUAAUGUAAAAUUUAUAUUCAUUUUGGAUUUUUGUAACUAAAUUUUAAAUGCAACAAAACAAAUAUAUAUAUAUAUAUAAACAUAAAUUGGUAAUAUAUACACGUAAAUUGAUAAAUUUUGAAAGAUAUCUACAAUAUAGAAAGUAUUUAAAUGUGGAAAAAAUUAUAAUAUAAAAAUUGGCUUCUGCUAAAUCUUGAUUACUAUCAGAAAAUUAAAUAUAGUGCCUCCAACACAAUACAGUGCCUGAUGUUUGGUGAAAUGCAAACAAUUGCAUUUCCUACAACAUACAGUAAAUUGAUUAUGGCAUAGAAUGAUAUUUAUCUAAUAAAAGCAAUAUCUAAUGAUAAGAAGUAAUUUAAAAUAAUUUAUUUUUAUCAUGAAGACAAUAUAAUUUUUAUAAAAAGUUAAAAUCCAAAGCUUAUUGAAUACUUUUUAAUCCAGUAU